AUGCGUAGCAGAGAAGCACGACGUGUUACAGUACUGAAAGCUGAGAGCAUUGAAGAGAUAACGAAGCUCCCGGAUGUUGUGACCACUCCGUUCAAUUUGCGCUACCUUGAUUUGUCUUACACAAAGCUUGAAGUGGUUCCCAAAGCAUUGUGUAAGUUGACCCAGCUACAAAUGCUAAAUCUUUUGGGAACUCGUGUAGUUGAACUGCCGCCUGAAAUAAAGAAGCUAACUAAGCUCCGACGUCUGCAAACUCUUGUCUGGCAUGAUAAUGACCAAAGAAUAUUUGAUUGCUUUCAAGGUGCUAAAGUAUAUUCCGGAAUUUGUCUUCUAAAGGAUAUGCAAGUACUGGGAUAUGUGGAAGCAAACAAAGAUUUAGUCAUGAAUCUUUGCAACUUGACGUUACUCCGAAGACUUGAAAUAACAAAAGUCAGGCGUAAGCACAUUAAGGAAUUAUGGACCUCCAUCACAAGAUUGGCGCACCUUUCUAAUCUUGAUAUAAUCUCUCAUGCCAAGGAAGAAGUUCUUGAUCUGGAAAACUUAGAUCCUUUGCCAAAUCUGGAAUUGUUUUACCUGAGAGGCAAGUUGCAAGGAGGUCUUAUCCCAGCAAUAUUCAGCGAUUUCAGAAAACUCAGAGAGCUACGCAUGGGGUGGUCCAGGUUGCAAGCAGAUCCAAUUCCUUCAUUUGCACACAUGUCGCAUCUAGUCCAACUUUACCUUUACAGAGUCUACGAGGGGCAGAUCAUGACUUUCAGUGCAGGUUGGUUCCCAAUGCUCGAGAAAUUGUACUUAGCUGACAUGGAGCAGCUCAGUUGCAUGGAAGUGGAGGCUGGGACCAUGCCGAUCCUGAAUUAUAUGGAGCUCACUGGUCUGAGAAGUAUGCUCAUUGUUCCAGCAGGAUUCCAAAAUUUAACGUCACUCCAACAAAUGGUCCUCAAGGACAUGCCAGUAGAAUUUAGGACUAUGGUACAAGGACAAGACUGCGGUUUACCGAAAAAGGCUUUCGCCCCGCUUUACAAGACUGCGGUUUCACCAAACAUAUACCCCUGAUACUUCAUCGUCGUCGUCGCCGUUGAUGCAAGUGCCGCUAGU